AUGUUGGUCAUUAUAACAAUCUCAUUACGUCACAGGUGGGUCACAAAAUUAACUUUAAUAAUGGAUAUAGUUUCACGAUUGAACAAACAGAAUCAUAGAGUAGCUCUUCAAGCUAGGAGGUUAAAUAAUGCAGCUAAGCAACUUUUGGAUAAAAAGAUGGCGAAAUUAGAAGACAAAUAUGAGAGAAGGUUCAAAGCGUUAGAAAAAGAGACAGAAUGCGUUUUGCAGGAACUUCAGGACGCUCCAAAAACGUGUCGCAUACCAAGUGCGUGUUCGUCUGCGGCCUGGGAUGAGGAUUUUCAACUGCCAUCUUUCAGAGACAAACAGGACAGUUCUAAAGGAUGGUCUGGUUUUAAAUCAGAACCGGUGUGUACAAGUUGUCGCUACAGCAGCCGUAAGAAAAAAUCGGAAUGUAAAUAUUUUCCGUGCCAUUUGCCGGAGACGUAUGAGACGUUAGGUUUUCAAUCAUAUCCCACACCAUACACAUGUCUCAGUAAUUAUGAAGCACUAUCUCAUAGAAGUUGCCCUGUAACGUCUGCGGCGACCAAGUCUGUAACUUUAUUACGCAACACCAACGGCUCAACGACCUCACGAUUGACCACAAAGGAUAAAAUGCGCGGACUCGGCGUUUAUAUAAAAGGUCUUAGAGCUAAAAACGAGAAAAAGAAACCACAAGCUUGGGAAGUUCGCUAUGGAGAACCGAUUCCGAGACGACUGUUAUUGAAAACCGCUGUUCCAAUCAAUAACUUUUGAUAGCAAGAAAAGUAUCAUGAAUUUUGAUAGCAAGAAAAAUAUCAUAACUAUCUUGACGUUUGAUAGCAUGAAAAUAUCAUUAAUAUUGAUAGCAAGACAAAAGUCAUAGGUUAUGAUAGCUAGCAAGAAAAAUGUCAUAACUUUUGAUAGCUAGCAAGAAAAAUGUCACAACUUUUGAUAGCUUGCAAGAAAAUGUCAUAACUUUUGAUAGCUAGCAAGAAAAAUGUCAUAACUUUUGAUAGCUUGCAAGAAAAUGUCAUAACUUUUGAUAGCUAGCAAGAAAUAUAAUUAUCAUAACUUUUGAUAGCUAGCAAGAAAAAUGUCAUAACUUUUGAUAGCUAGCAAGAAAAAUGUCAUAACUUUUGAUACCUAGCAAGAAAAAUGUCAUAACUUUUGAUAGCUUGCAAGAAAAUGUCACAACUUUUGAUAGCUAGCAAGAAAUAUGUCAUAACUUUUGAUAGCUAGCAAGAAAUAUAAUUAUCAUAACUUUUGAUAGCUAGCAAGAAAAAUGUCAUAACUUUUGAUAACUAUCAAGAAAUAUAUCAUAACUUUUGAUAGCUAGCAAGAAAAAUGUCAUAACUUUUGAUAGCUAGCAAGAAAAAUGUCAUAACUUUUGAUUAUUGAAUAAAACGUUUGUAUAUAUAUCAAGCACUAGCAGUGGUAAAUUAUGUUUCAUGUUAAACAUGACAAU